GGCGAGGGAACACGUGUGCAUGCAACAUGCACACAUUCUGGCUCCGCCUACGAGAACCGCCGGGUGGUACCUCUGCGUUCGACAGUCAGAGACCGUCUACCACCUACGGACAAUCACAACAUCCAUAGCAAGAGAAAAAUUUCUCCUGGGACGGGAUUCGAACCCGCACUGCUGCCUGCCUAUCUCUAGAUAUCCAAGAGAUUCUAAUUUUUACAUUUAAAAAUAUUGACAAUUUUAUAGGUAACCCGCGAA